GGCUCGUCUUUUCUCGGGGUCAGAGGUCACCUUUCCGGAAGCACACGAAGAAAACACUGCUCUCCACAUGUGCAAGCAUCAGCUGCUCAGUGUGGAAGCAAAACCUACAGAUUAACUGUAUUUCACGUGUCUGUACGCUGAGGGUUUAAAUCUGUAGAAUUCUGCUAGGAGUUUGGUUUGGUUUGGUUAACGUUUAAAAAAACAUGGAGGACAUGAACGUUAUCAAGCUGCCGGCGACGGAGGAAAGAGGACCGGCCAAGAAGAGGACUCGACCCCCGAAGUUUGACCCCGAGGAGGAGGAACAAAAACGGCAGAAAAACGUGAAGAGGCUGGCUGUGCUGGGAGAGAAGGACACCUCGGUGAAGCUGCUGGAGGACCUGGUGUUCGGAGCGGAGGACGAGCUGGUUGAGAGACUCGUGGAGCAGGAGGAUGAGGAGCAGACCGGAACCCUGCUGGGGGAGGACGAAGACGACGAGUCCGGUGAAUCGGAGGCCGAGGACGAGGCUCGUCUGCAGCUCCAGCCAACCAGAGAAGCCGCCUGGGUGGACGAGGAUGACGAGCUGGAGGAAGAGGUGGACAUGAAGCAUCGUUACCGUAGAGACCUGAUCAGAGGAGAGGCGGAGUCCAGCAUGUCCAAACAGAAAGUACAGCAGAGGAUGAGAGAGCAGUUUCAGAAGUCGAUGGGAGGAGCGCCGUCGUGGGCGGAGAGCAACGUGAAGAAGAAGAAGAAGAAGAAAGCUGAUGAAGAGGAUGAAGACGAAGAGGAGGAGGAUGACCUGCUGAGGAGGACGGGAAACUUCGUGGCGUCUUCGGACGGUCUGCCCAGCGGCGUCCUGAGGAUGAAGAAAUGUCUUCACGCCAACAGCGCCCGUCCAUCAGCCGACAGACUGACCACCGUGCAGUUCCACCCCUCCGCUCAGGUCGUCAUGACGGCCGGCCUCGACCAAUCAGUCUCCCUCUUCCAGGUGGACGGGAAGACGAACCCGAAGAUCCAGAGCAUCCUGCUGGAGCGGUUCCCCGUCCACAGAGCUCAGUUCAGCCGGGACGGAGAGACGGUGAUCGCCACCAGCCUGAAGAACAAGAUGUUCUACCUGUACGACAUGAUGGAGGGCCGAGUCACACCUGUUCACACUGUCCGAGGUCUGAACGAGGCCCGGGUGAAGGAGUUCUCCGUGUGUCCUGAAGGAGGCGCCCUGCUGCUCACUGGAACCAACGGAUACCUGCACCUCCUCACACUCAAGACUAAGGAGGUGGUUCGCAGUAUGAAGAUGAACGGUGAUGUCAGCGGCGUCGCCUUCUCCCACGACGGCAGCAAAGUCUUCGCCAACUCAGAGGAGGGCGAGGUGUAUGUGUGGGACAUGCGCAGCAGUCGGUGUGUUAACAGGUUUACAGACGAAGGCUGUGUGAAGGGAACGUCCAUCGCCGCCUCGCCGAGCGGACGGUACCUCGCCUGCGGCUCUCAGUCGGGCGUCGUCAACGUUUACUCCCAGGAGGCGUGUCUAAAUUCAGCCAAUCCCAAGCCUCUGAAAGCAGUGAUGAACCUGCUGACCUCAGCGACCUCUCUGGCCUUUAACCCCUCGUCUGAGAUCCUGGCCGUCGCCUCCCGAGCCGAGGACGAGGCCGUACGCCUGGUCCACCUGCCCAGCUUCACCGUCUUCUCCAACUUCCCCGUCGCCAAGAGGAAGAUCGUUUAUCGAACCAGCUGCCUCGACUUCUCCCCCCACAGCGGCUUCUUCUCAUUGGCUAACAACAAAGGACACGCCCCUCUCUUCAGGUUGCUUCAUUACAAAGACUUCUGAAGAGGAACUCCGAAGAUUUGGAAAAUGAUCAGCAGGAAAGGAAGGUCGACAGGAUUUGUAGUUCUUGUGGCUAAAACAUGAAAAUUCCCAGUGGAGUUUGGCAGAGACACUGAGCAUGGACGUACUGAUGGGACGGAGAGGUGGUUUGUAGAAAAGUGUGAUGGGAAAAAUCUCCUCUGUGCAACAAGGAGUCAACAGUGAAACUCAAACAUAUAAACCACUUGUAUCUGUAUACAUGUUUUUUAUUAUUUGUAUAAAGAACAGUUCAACAUG